AUGUGGACCAAGCAUGUGGAUUUUAAUGAUUUGAUUAGUGAUUGCUGGAAUUUUUACUUGCGAGGGACAAAACAAUUCAUCAUUUGCAAGAAAUUGAGCAAAUUAAAGGGGGUUUUGAAGGAACUAAAUUCCAAGCAUUUUGGGCAUAUCUCGGAUAGCGCAAUCGAGGCCAAAAAUAAAUUAGAAUCUGCCCAAUUACAGCUUCAUAAUCAGCCCUCCAAUGCUGAUUUUCAGGUUUUGGUUGCUAAAUUGAGGAAGAAAACGGUUACUUUAUGUGAAGCGGAACAUAGUUUUUACUAUCAAAAGGCAAAGUGUGUCUUCCUUAAGGAAAGUGAUAAAUGCACCAAGUUUUUUCACUCAUUGGUUAAAAGAAGCUCUAAGAGGAAUUUUAUUGCAACUGUUUUCAAAGAAGAUGGGAUGUAUACUACAUCACAAGAUGAAGUGGCUAGAGAAUUUGUAAAUUUUUAUACCUCUUUGCUGGGAAAGAAAUGCUCCUCUCGGCCUAGUGACGUGGAUAUUCUUUCAAAUGGUCCCUUAGUUUCCUCAGAACAAGGCAAUACCUUGAUUCGGGACAUUUCUUAUGAGGAAAUUAAAGAUGCGCUUUUUGAUAUUGGUGAUGACAAAUCUCCCAGGCCGGAUGGUUAUACUUCUUAUUUUUUUAAGAAUGCUUGGGGGAUUAUUAGUGAUGAUUUUGUUGGGGCUAUUUUGGAGUUCUUUUCUUCGGGUUGCAUUCUUAAACAAAUUAAUCACACGACAAUUGCUUUGGUGCCUAAAUCGGAUCACACGCAGCAUGUUGGUGAUUUUAGGCCCAUUUCUUGUUGUAAUGUUACUUACAAAGUGAGUGCUAAAAUACUUGCUUCUAGAUUGAUACCCAUUUUGGGAGACAUUGUUGAUCAUGCGCAAGCCGCUUUUGUGGAAGGUAGGAGUAUCAUGGAGAACAUUCAUCUUGCCAACAAACUAUUGAGGCAAUACAAUAGGAAAAGGGUUGCUCCACGAUACCUCUUAAAAAUUGAUAUUUCCAAGGCUUAUGUUCGAUUGCUUAAAGCUGCCAUAUAUGAUAGUGAUUUCAACUUUCACCCAAAAUGUGGCCCCCAAAAGAUCAACCAUUUAGCUUUUGCGGAUAAUUUGAUACUAUUUGCAAGGGGAGAUUUUAUGUCGGUUAAAAUUCUCAUGGAUUGCCUUUCAAAUUUUGGUUCGGUCUCGAGAUUAAGGUUGAAUGUUCUCAAAUCUAGCUUGUUUACAGCUGGUGGUCAUGGACAGCUUCUUGAGGAAAUCAUGGAAUUAACAAGUGUUCCAAUGGGGAGUAUGCCAUUUCGGUAUUUGGGCAUCCCCCUUGCAUCGGACAAACUUAAACUUAAUGGGACUUGCAUAUGGGAGGUUUGUCCUAGAAAGGAUCAUUCUCCACUCUUCAAGAAAAUUCUUGAAAUUAGGGACAUUCUUUGUGUAUAUGCUGCUGCCCAACAAAUUUCGAUUAAUGGACAGCAAGGGGGGACGGUUCAUAUGGAUGCUGGAAUUGCCCCUUCACGAUGGGCAGUAAAUGGCCGAAUUUACAAUGCUGGGAAUCAACUCAACUGGCCGAUUAAUGGGCAGUACUUGGACAGCAACACAGGCCGCCAGUUUCCUUCAUUCGGUAGGCAGUUUUUGGAAAUUUGGAACGAAAAUCUGGGCUGUUCUAUAGGUGAGAAAUUCAGUACAAAAAUUGCCUAUAAUUUCUUUAGGCUUAAGGGUACUUUCAAGCCUUGGGGAACCGAAGUUUGGAAAUCGUGCAUCACUCCGAAGCAUUCUUUUAUACUUUGGUUAGGGGCACAAUCAAAGGUCCUAACUAAAGACAAAUUACUCUUCUUGGAUAUUGAUCGCUGUUGA